GUUUUUUUUUUAGGAUUAGAUAAUGGUGGAGUGAAUUUAUUAUAAAAAGAUUAAAAAAAAAAAACAAAGAAUCUUACAAAAUUUAUUCGCAUAUUGUGAUUCAAUAAGUUUCGGUUGUUCUUUUUUGUUUAAAAUUUAUACGAGAUUUUCCAUCUCAACAAAAAGUUCAUAAUUUCCCCGUUAUCAUUUUUCUUUUUCCAUCAAUCGGAAGAAUCGAUUUGUGUUUGCUAAAUUCUCAUAUAAUAUGGCAACGAAUGCUGGCUACGAUGAUAAUGGUGAUACAAUCCAAACAGGGCGGGGAGAUGCAAACAAUGCAAGUGAUUUCUCAUCAUAUUCAGCACAGCAAAGAGCGCCAUCAACCAUUGCCUACAGUAAUGACCCACAAAAUGCCCCAAAUGAAGAAACACAUUUGAAAUCAGCAAGACAGGCAUAUUUUAGCGAUGAAAAAAUUGUGAUACCCGAAAUUGAAAAUGUCGGAUUUAGCUUUAGAAAAUUAUGGGCGUUUACAGGUCCAGGGUUCCUUAUGUCCAUUGCAUACCUGGACCCGGGUAACAUUGAGUCUGAUCUUCAGAGUGGUGCAGCGGCCAAGUAUAAAAUUCUAUGGGUUCUCUUCGCAGCCACAAUCCUGGGGUUACUCAUGCAGCGAUUGUCAGCCAGAUUAGGAGUGGUGACUGGUUUACAUUUGGCAGAAAUGUGCUACAGACAGUAUAAAAAACUUCCUCGUUUCAUUCUAUGGAUUAUGAUAGAAAUAGCGAUCAUUGGUUCUGAUAUGCAAGAGGUCAUUGGCACAGCAAUUGCGAUAUACCUGUUAUCAAAUAAAGUUAUACCAUUGUGGGGUGGAACACUCAUCACAAUUAUUGACACGUUUACGUUUUUAUUCUUGGAUAAAUAUGGCCUGAGAAAGCUUGAAUUGCUAUUUGGAUUGCUUAUCACUGUGAUGGCUGUGACAUUUAGCUAUGAGUACGUUGUCUCAAAACCAGACCAACUUGAAGUUUUAAAGGGAAUGUUUAUCCCUUGGUGUAGUGACUGCGAUUCGAAAGUGUUCCUUCAGGCAGUUGGAGUUGUUGGAGCUGUUAUCAUGCCACACAACUUGUACCUGCAUUCAGCUUUGGUUAAGUCUCGUGAUGUUGAUCGCACCAAGUCAAACAAAGUUCGUGAAGCAAAUUUCUAUUUCUUCGUAGAGGCAACAGUUGCUCUUCUUGUAUCAUUGGUCAUCAAUGUAUUUGUUGUAGCCGUAUUCGCUCAUGGUCUAUAUGGAAAAACCAAUGAAGAAGUGCUUGAUGUUUGUGUUAACCAAACAAUGUAUCCAGAUGCCCAGCAUUCAUUUGUUGAUGACGUAAAUGGAACAGCAAUUGUUAAUGCAGAUUUGUACAAAGCUGGUCUGUUUUUGGGUUGUACAUUUGGAGCAGCUGCCAUGAUUAUCUGGGCAGUGGGUAUUUUGGCUGCAGGUCAGAGUUCAACAAUGACUGGAACCUAUGCUGGUCAGUUUUGUAUGGAAGGAUUCCUAAACUUGCAAUGGCCUCGUUGGAAGAGAGUUUUUGUUACUCGUUUUAUUGCCAUUGUACCGACUUUCUGUGUGGCCUUCUUUAGUAAAAUCGAAGAUCUCACUGGCAUGAAUGAUAUUUUGAAUGCGGUAAUGAUGUUGCAGCUGCCAUUUGCUGUGAUACCAACGGUUGCCUUUACUUCUUCUGUUGCUAUUAUGGGAGACUUUGUAAAUGGAUUGGCAAAUAAAAUAUUUUCGAUUAUUCUCACUAUAGUGGUAAUAGCAAUCAAUUUAUAUUUUGUUAUCGAUCAAGUUCGUGGAGCCGAUCUAGACAACUUGUUGUUUGUAUUGAUUUGUAUAUUUUCGGUGUUGUAUUUGUUGUUUAAUAUUUAUCUUGUGAUACACAUGUCGGCGUGCAUGGGCAGCCAGAGACUCAACGACAGCACGUGGGUUAAAAGACUGGUACUUCCAUCACAAGACGGAUUUUCAAUGAAUGGAGUCAGUUCGCCGUACGCAAGCAUUUCGUACAAUUUACGUAGCUAUAAUACAUAACGGACGCCUACUUACCACUCUAUGUUCUCCUGCAUAUUCUAUUGAUCUGGUCGACUUCAUCCAUACGUGCCACUAACAGUAACAGCGAACUUACGGUUUAUAGCGCCGAAAUGACCGGAUAUCCCACCAAACGAUGAAUGGACGCAACUAUAAAUUAUUUAUUAAUUUUUUUUGAAAAAAAGACUUACUCAACUGCAACGGUGCAAUAAAUUACUAAAAAAAAUAUGAAUUCUUCAAAAACAAACGUACUGUCAGGAUCAACAAUUAGUCGAUUAAUGUUAUACAAAUGUUUGACUUUAAAAAAAUGAAUGCCUUAUCGUGUAUAAUAGUAGA